AUGACCAUACUAUCCAGCACACACGGCGUAAUUAGAAACAUUGUAAGGAUAUCGCGAGCAGAAGUUUUCGACGCUCCUCCUCUACUUCGCGCUAAUGCAAGCAUUUCUCAACACGGUUCUGCAACGGCUGUUAACAUCGACAUCGUUAUAGGCCAAGAAGUACCGCACCUAAAGAUCAACGGUGCACUAACGAUCCGUUCGAAGGACGGCGAAGGUCAGGCAGCACUGUACAAUAACACAAUAAAUGUGUGUGACUUCCUGCUGCAACCGUCCCGAAAUCGGCUGUUGCAAGUGGUACGGCAGGAAAUUAUGUACCGUGGCAAUAUUCCGACCAGGUGUCCUAUACGUGCCGGUAAGUACAUUGUACGGAAUGCAACGUUCGCCAAGGCGCACAUACCAUCAUUUCUUCCUGCGAGCUAUUUUCGCGUCGACAUUAACCUGCUGAAUGGUAAUCCGGUGAAGAUGAUCAUGCAAUCGUAUUGGUAUGGGAAGUUUAUCAAAGCUUAG